AUGGAAGGAGGAACGAGCUCUGCUACCUUGAAGGAGACACUGUGGUUCCCCCUAUCCUUACGGUUUCUCCUCGUCUUCUUCUUUCUAUUGUUCUUCUUCUCCACCUUCGCAACCCAACCGGUACAUAGCCAGUCCCAGGAAGGUACGUCUGCUCUAUGACUCACAACUAUGGAAUUAUGCCUCAGUUUUUUCUCCAAGGCAUGGCUAUUUACUCCUACCAAAACACUGCUUGUUAUUUCCCCUUGCUCCCGAUCCUUGGCUGCUUCUAUCUGAUUCCCCUUCCGCACUGGGGGGAUGGAUCAGUUCUGGCUUUGGGUGCAGAGAUAUCCAUCAUACAAGACUUAGGACAAGCAUUGAUGAAUAUCAUGCAGGUUUCAUAAGCAUAGAUUGUGGCAACCCUGACGGCGCAGACUAUGAAGACCCCAGCACUAAAAUAACCUUUUCCCCAGACUCGAGGUACAUCAAUAGGGGGGAGAACAAGAUCGUCUCAAAUAACCCAUUUUCUCGGAAAUAUGAAACUCUCCGAAGCUUCCCCAAUGGGGAUCGCAACUGCUACAAGCUGUGGCCGGUGCAGACCGGCAAGAAGUACCUGAUUCGAGCUGGGUUCUGGUAUGGGAACUACGACAAAAGGAGGAACGUUCCCACGUUCGACCUCCACAUCGGGGUCAACUUCUGGACCACCGUCCGACUGUCAUUCGACGGCGCCGGCAUAUCCGAGAUCAUCACGGUAGCCUCGGGGGAUUUCCUCUGGGUGUGCCUGAUCAACACGGGCAAGGGGACGCCCUUCAUAUCGACUCUCGAGCUGAGGCCACUCCCCGACUUCAUGUAUCCCAUCGCGAGCCUGUCCCAGCAUUUGGUCUAUGAAUCGCGAAAGAACUUCGGAGCGACAUACCAGUUGAGGUAGUCGAUAAUUAUUCUAAUAGACGAAUUUCGCAACCAACGGUUCAAAUCCUAGCAUUUGUUUACCCGGUUAUAUUGCCUGCUGGUUCAGAUGGGAAGGGUACGGACUGACCGGGCCUAGACCUUGGAAAGCCCAGAGUUACCCUUUUCAAUCUGUCACACGCAAACAAUUAGCAUAACUAAUAAGAAUUUAUUUCUGAUGUAGGUACCCAGAUGAUCCAUAUGACCGCAUCUGGUUCAACGCCUCCACCAACUUCCGCACGUUCACUGGCUCGAUUGAAUUGGCCCCAAAAGUAGGAGACAGGUUUCAAGUCCCUUCAAAAGUCAUGGCCACAGCAGUCAUAGGUUCAGUCCUCUUGAGAAUAGACGGUGAUCCUGGGGAUAGAGUCUACGUCGUCAUGCAUUUCACGGAACUCGAAACAUUGAACUCAACGAACGACACGAGGUUGAUCAGUGUCUACGGAGGGUUACCCGAAGGUUGGUUGUAUGAUAAAUACAGCCCACCUUUCGGAGACGUAGACCAUAAGGAGGUCAUCAAUGUUUCUACUGGGAGUAGUGGAAGGUCCUCAUUGUUUAUCUACAGUUCAAUCUCAUCCACCCGUCCUCCCUUGGUGAAUGCCAUUGAGACUUAUUUUUUGCGGCGAAUUAAGGGGUUGCCCACACAACAGGGCGAUGGUGAGACUCGUUUGAUGUAUUCUUCUAUAUUUUUAUUCAUAGCCUUUAUGUUGUCUUCUCCUACCUUGUUAAUAUGGGAAGAGCUUUUUUCAGAAUCCUUUAGUAGAAUGAAAUUUUUAUUUUAUUUAUAAUUUUAUUACAUAAAAAUGUUUUAGCGAUUCAAUAAUUCAGAUUUAUAAGAUAUUAUCUUGGAAAAGUAUUCCUCAGUCAGCACAAUGUGACUAUUGGAUUAUGUUGUAUGCCUACCUCACCAAGAUCUUAUCGUUGGUCACUCCUAAUGCUAUAGUUGAGGCCAUCCAAGAAAUCAAACAAUUAUAUAAUGUGACGAGAAAUUGGCAAGGAGAUCCAUGCUCUCCGAAAGAGUAUGUUUGGGAUGGAGUAGGUUGCAACUACUAUGAGAACUCAUCACCACCAAGGAUCACCUCAUUGUAAGUGAUAAAAAUAUCGACAUAGGAGAAACUUAAUUUGAAUUUAUAUGAUAAUGUGGGCAUGCUCUACUAAAGUUGCAUUGUGCAGGAACAUGGCAUCAAGUAAAUUAAGUGGUAUAAUCCCUCCAUCAAUUGCUAACCUCACUGCUCUCGUAAUUUUGUGAGUAUAUCUCUUAACAAUUCAAUUUAUAAUUUUAUGUUACUCUCGUGUAGGAUGUUAAUUAACUGUGUCAGUUACCCAUGCCAUAGGUUCAUGCCACUUCAUAUUUCUGCUACCUAGUGUCUUAUUUUUAUUUCAUUUCUCUACCUACAAACACUAGAGGAUCAGAUAACUCAAUUUUAUAUGGCCAGUUUUGAUAGAAAAUUAUCAACCAUUUGUUUCAACUUUGUAGGGAUUUAUCAAACAAUGACUUCACAGGGAUCAUUCCUGAUUUUCUGGCUGAAUUAUCAUCACUUAAGCUGGUGUAAGUGUAACUAUUUACAAUCACCAUACUUAUUCUUUAAACAUGCAUAAUUUAUGAUCAAUAUUUUUCAUUCAGGAACUUAAGUGGGAACAUUCAACCAAUUUCAAUUCCAAAAAACCUAUGUGGAAAGCUGUCAAGGUCAGCAAUUUUAAUGACAUGUAAAACUGUAAUUAUUAUUCAUCCAAACUCAGUUGAGGAUUACCUUUAAAAUAUAAAAGUUGUUAAUAAUUUUUAGAAUUUUUUCUCAAAUAACAAUGCAUUCUAGUUCUGCGAAAAUCUGAUAUACCUAAUAUUAUUAUGCACAAUAAGAUCAUUACUUAUUAUUGGCAUUAUUUUCUUGAUUGAAAUUAAAAUAUCAUAAAAUUGUCUUAGUCACUAAUAAAGAAUUCAGACACGAUGAAGUCUGAUUUUAUUAUUAAAUAUUUUUCAAAGAAUAUCAAAGACAUUGUCCAGCAUUAAAAAUAAUUAAAAUAUAAUUUUUACUCGAUGAUUAUUAACCUUUCAAACAUUGAUUGACUAUGUGAAUUGUUUAAGAUACUAGAUUGUUACUAAGGCUGUCCUUGGUUUACAAAUACUCCUACGAAAAAGUUUGCUGCUAAUGUAAUGAAUCGAGAGAAAUAUAUACCAUGGAGUCAUUUUUUCAAAAUUGUGGUUGAGGUUGUUCUCUAUUGUAAUUUAUUUGUUUUCAAAAUUAAGGAUGCCACACACUUUAAUCUUAAUCAAUAUUUUUUUCUUGAUAAUUUUAUAUAAUUUAUGGUCAAAGGAGAAUAAUUUACGAAUUUUUAUUUUCAAAAAACAUUUUCUCUUAUUUCAUUAAUUAAUACUAUUUCAUAUUUGUCUUUAUUCUGAGACAUAGAAUUGAAGGCAAUGUAGAAUGCAAAAAUUUGCAAGGAAAUAUCAAAAGGAAGAUUAUUAUUAUUGUGCCAACAAUAUUGUUCAUCAUUAUAGUCUUCAUUAUAAUAUCCAUCAUCAUACGGAGAACUAGAAGGAGAAAAUUGAAUCCCUCAAUUAGUAAGUUGUGACAAAUUUACUCAACCUUUUCAUUAUAAAACUGUUUUUUAGUUUUUUCUAUUUUAACAUAUACAUAUCAUUGUGUUAGAUUCUAAUAACAAGACAAAGAUUGAAGAUUCAACACCACCCAAGCAAAAUGACAAUGACAUGCAGCAGCGGUGCCUUCAAUUUACAUCUUUAGAAAUCAGAAAUAUGACAAGAAAUUUUUCAAUUCCAAUUGGUAAGGGAGGAUUUGGUAUUGUUUACCUUGGUUACUUACAUGAUGAAACUCAAGUGGCAGUGAAAGUUCUAUCUUUAUCAUCAUUUCAAGGAAUCAAGGAAUUUCAAGCAGAGGUACAUUAAAAAAAUUUAUAACUGAAUAUGUUAUGAUAGAAAUGGUUUGAAUGUUGUUGAAGAUUUUGAUGCAGGUUUUUUGUGUAAUUAAAAAUAUCAAGUUGUAUAUAUUACUAAGGAUCCCCAUAUCUCAUCUUUUACAAAUACUUACUCUUUAAUAUAAUAUAAUAUAUAUUUGAACAUGCUCAUUUUCUAUUGCAUGUCAUUCUAAGUAGUAUUUCUAAAAUUGUCAACUAUGAUGUUUUUUAGGCUCUAUUAUUGUCAAGAGUUCAUCACAUAAACUUAGUUUCUUUGAUUGGAUAUUGCGAUGAUAAGCAACAUUUAGCACUUGUCUAUGAGUACAUGGAUGGAGGAACUAUAUGUGAUCUUCUCUCAGGUUUGGUUACUAAACUCCAUUCAUUUUUUAAAUCAUUGGACAACACUUUCUCAUACUUUAAAUUUUUUUUCUAGAGAUAGUGAUUUAUUUUUUCAUUGUUGUAUAUGUGUUGAUUCUAGGUGAAAGUAAUGGUACCAUUGUUUUGAGCUGGGAACAAAGAUUAAAGAUAGCUCUUGAUGCUGCACAAGGUCCACACAUAAAAUUGUUAUAAUUUUAUUUUAUUAUUAUAUUUAUAUACUUAUUAUCAUUGUUCAUGAAUUCACAGGAUUAGAUUAUUUGCACAAUGGUUGUAGGCCGUCCAUCAUUCAUAGAGAUGUGAAGAGUACUAACAUUCUUCUAAAUAGAAAUCUUGUUGCAAAACUAGGAGACUUUGGACUAUCAAAGGCUUUCAAUGUUGAUAGUUUUAUUGACAUUUCAACAAUUGUAGCUGGCUCUCCAGGAUAUCUUGAUCCUGAGUAAGUAUCUCUAAUUCACAUGAAUCAUAGACAUAGUUAAUGCUAUAAUGUUAUAUUUGAUAACGAAGUUCAUAGAACAAUCUUAUUAACAUGAAAUGAAACACGAGUUUUAUUUAAUUGUCUAAUAUUUUUUAUUUUCAAUAAUAUGUUUUCUAUUACAUUAUGAGUUUGUUAGAAAAAGACAAUGUAUUAGUGAAAUAAAGGGAUAAAGCUAAUCAAUUAUAGCUCAUUAAAGAUGAAAAUUUUAAAUGUAUGGAAAAAUAUUCCUAGUAUUUUAUUGAUUAAUACUUUAUAUCAUACACUUAAAAACGUAAUGUUCAUUUUAAGUAGUGAAUUGAUCAAAGUUGUUAUUUGAAUAUCAUAAAAGCUAUCAAUAAAAUUUUAAGAUAUAAUUUACUUCUUUCAUUUUUCAGGUACCAUAGAACUUCUAAAUUGACUAAGAAGAGUGAUGUCUAUAGUUUUGGGAUUGUUCUUCUAGAGCUGAUCACAGGACAACGACCCUUUGUUAUUUCUUCAAACAACAUGCACAUAAUUCAAUGGGUCCAUCAAAGACUUGAAAAUGGUCACACAGAUGAUAUUGUUGAUUCUAGAAUACAUGACAGCUACAACAUCAAUUCUAUAUGGAAAGCAAUAGAAAUUGCAAUGGAUUGCACGUUGGCUUCUUCUACCAAAAGAUUAAACAUGAGUGAUGUGGUAAUGAGACUAAAGCAAUGUCUACAAUCAGAAGCUUAUCAUGAAGUGCUCCGAAACACCAAGGGGCCAUAUCAAGACUCUUUGGAGAUACUUCCCUUCAACAUGGACACAACAAAUGUGCCUAUAGCAAGAUAA